CCCUCCGCGCGGGGCGGAGGUGGCGAUCGGUGUCUUCUGCCGCGGCCGCAGCUCCGCGCUGUCAGGCAGCCGGAGGUGCCCGCUCCGCUCCUCGGCUCCCGCCGCCGCCGCCAUGUAUCUCUGCAGGGCCGCCUCGCAGGCGCUGGCCUCUCGCCUGAACAGGGCUCCCUCUGCUGCGAGCCGCCUCAAGCAGCGUGCACCUCUUCGCCAGAUGUCAUCUGGGAGUGUUCCUGGCUCUUCUGGAGAGACCAUGAUUUACUACCUCCUUGCUGGUGUUGCUGCUUUUGGUGGUUUAUUUUAUGCCUACAGAAUAGUCAGUUCAUCCCGCAGCAAGUAUAUUGAACAUUUGAAUAUUCUUCAGGAGAGAGCUGAGGGGCGGAAAGACAAACCUUGGUCAAGCAAGGGUGAUGAAGAAGAGACGGCUGAAGUCACUGAAGCAGAGACAGUCACGGAAGAGGCUGAUGCAGUAGCUGCUGCUGGACCUGCAGCACAGGAUGAGAAUGCUGGGGUAUCCCCAGAAACUGGAGGGGAGAAUGACUUACCAGCUCCAGAUGCGUCCCCUGCUGUCGAGGAAGCACAGCAGGAAGCUGCUGCUAAUUUGGAAGUUGCUGCUAAUUCAGAAGCUGCUGCAGUGCAAGAAACUGUGAGUGAAGUCUUGGAUGUUGCAGCUUCUUCUGCCCAUGAGGAAAACCUAGACAGUGUCAAGGAAGGAGUAGCCUCAGCAGCUCAAGAGAUUUCUGACAGAUCCUCAAAGAGCCAGGACGUUGAUGCUGAGGAGUCGGGGGAAACUUCAGAAGGUGCAAGAGUACAGCUGGUUUCUGUGGAGGAGAAGACACCUGAAGAAGUUGCUAAGGAACCCUAAAGUAAGCAGUGCUGAAGCUUUUGAAAAGUUUAAUGGAAAUAUUUGUGGCAAUCAACCAGCUGAUUCCUGUGUGAAACCUCAUACUCUUCCUUGGAGACAUAAAAGAAAUUGUGCAGUUUGUCAUACCACACACUGCUCAUUAGGACCAGUAUUCAUUGCUGUAACAGACAACCUGAUACGAUUUAAGUUGGUCAGAGAGGCGCUUCUGUGAUUAACAUCUCUGCUUUAGAAAGUAGCAUCCAGUAACAGCUGUCAAAGCACCACCCAGCAUGUAAUAAAUACACGUGCUAAGAGAAGCAGUAGACUUAACUGAAACCAUGUCAAGUGAACUUGUUUUAGGUCUUUGUUGUCUUGUUAUGUACAUUGAUUUCUUACUUUUGGUCCAGACUGUGGUGCAUAAUUAUACCAUUGUAACAUUCCGUGCUAGAAUGUAAGUAAAAAGUUUUAACUAAGUUAAAAUCUUAUAAAAAUUACUUGUUAGUAUUUUUAAAUUGGGUCAUGGGGAAGAUUACCUUAUUUGCUCCCAAGUUUGGAUUUGCAAUUGUAAGCAUAGGACACUUGGAUGUACAAGACCUAAUUUUCCUUCUGCAUAAACAUUUUAGAAGCUACCCUUCCUUGCACAAUAAUAUCCAGGAGUAGACAUUUUUAAGGCUCCUGCUUUGAGAACAAAACCCGUUUGCAAGCAUUAGCAAUAGGUACUUUAUAGCAUGAAAAUCAAAAUAACACCGGUUAAAGUUAUCAUCAUUGAAGUGGUGGCUCCUACCAAACCUUAUUCAGCUUGCUGUAGUCUUUCUGUGUUGUUCUGUCUUAGCAGUGGCAUGCAGCGGUGGUGUAACAACACGGAGGUUUGAGAGAACGCUCUUGUGCAAAUCACGAGCAAUUUAGGCUAUGGUAAAGCUCCUCUCCGAGUGCUUGCAGAUGGCCAGCAAAAUCCCCAUGGAAGGCUAUGCCACAGGUGUUCAGAUGGACAAGGAUUCUUAGGGACUAAUAAAGAACAGAAUAGCUAAAUAAUCUUGUCUUGUUAGUAUUAUCUUAAUAAUGAAAAAAUCUAUAAUGAAUGAUGGGUUUGUAUGACACUGUUCUCCUAACCCUCCAUUGUGCUAUGGGCAUGUGCACGAGUGUGCACCUACUACAGAAUUUUUACUGAGACCCAUUACAGCCAUCACAGAAUGGCGAUAAUGCUAAACCAGGGCCAAAUAAGAUACAUUAUACACAAUUUAAAUAGAAAGUGUGAGUUUUAAGGUGUAUCUGACUGCUUUAUCUUCAAGCAGAACUUUGGAAAAAUGUUGAAAGGGAAAUUACAGCACUAUGAUUUUCCUACCCAUGGCACAAAGCAACACAUGCUCCUUCCCCCAUCAUAAAGCAAAUCAUAACAGUGUUCCAGCAAAAAUAUAGCCUAUUGCCCCUGUACCAGCUUAGGAAUAACUGGAAUAAUGCAGAGGCAAAAUCAGGUUCCUGAGCUUCAAGAAGCCACACCACAGCCUUCUGCUUAAAGGAUAAAGCCACUGUGAUUAAAAGCAAUUUUUGUAGACAAAGCUACUGGAAUAAAAGUCUUAGACUGA